UUAGUGAGCUCUGCGAAUAGCUCAGAGGCUUAAACCCUAAAUUCAAAAAAUGGAAUUCCAAUCUGUUUGUUGUGGGCUUCCCUCUCAAACAUUUUCUUCUAAUCAUCGCUCCUUGGAAUUCUUCCAUUCGAAGUCGUCAUUGAGAUUUCAGGGACUUCGCCCUGCAGCUGCGUCCAAACGUACAUUUUCUUGUUUGAAAUGGCUGACUAAAGAACCUUUACGGUUGCGCUUUAACAAAAGGUCUGUUAUUAAUGCUUCGAUUUCCAAUGAAGAUGGUGGAUUGGAAUUAAAUCCAGGACAGCGUUCUAGUGUGCCUGUUACUAGAUAUCAUGGGGUGGAACCAUUUCGUGGAAAAUCAGGUUCUGUUUCUUUCUAUGGGUUAACAUACCACGCAGUUGAAGAGAGAAAAUUGGUGUCCGCUCCUUUUCAAGAAGAGAAGGGCUCUCUCGUCUGGGUCUUAGCCCCACUUGCGUUCAUAUUGUCUUUGAUUCUUCCGCAGUUCUUCCUUGGCAAUGUGAUUGAGGCGUUCUUCAAAGAUGAGAUUCUAGUAGAUAUGAUGAGUUCACUGUUUUCUGAGGCCGUUUUCUACUUUGGGCUGGUAACUUAUCUUCGUGUGGUUGAUCAUGUCCAAAGGCCAUAUUUGCAGUAUAGCGCGAAAAGAUGGGGUCUUAUCACAGGUCUCAGAGGAUACUUAUCAUCCGCUUUUUUCACAACGGGCCUCAAGGUUAUUGCUCCUGUCUUUCUUGUGUAUUUUAUCUGGCCGGUGGUUGGCCUGGCAUCCCUGGUUGCAGUAGCUCCUUUCUUGAUUGGUUGUGCUGUUCAAUUGGCAUUUGAGAGAUAUUUGGACAAGCGCGGGUCAUCUUGCUGGCCUCUAGUCCCCAUCAUAUUCGAGGUAUAUAGGCUGUAUCAGCUGACGAAAGCUGUUAAUUUUGUGGAGCGGCUGAUGUACUCAAUGUCGGGGCUCCCUAAAUCCCCUGAAUUGGUAGAACGAAGUGGUGCCUUGUUUGCAAUGGUUGUGACCUUCCAAUUUCUAGGGUUGGUAUGCCUCUGGUCAUUGUUGACAUUCCUUCUGAGGCUUUUUCCAUCUAGGCCCGUGGCUGAGAAUUACUGACUUUCAUCGCUGUGUAUAUUUCUUUGGAUCAUGUUUGAUAUAUGUAGGGUAUCAUUAUUAGUUUUCUUCCUUUUCUUCCUUUUGCAUUUGGUUUGUUUUGUUUUUUCUUUUGGGUGGGGCGUUUCCAUCAAUGUAAUGCCUCGUUGAAGGUGCAGCUUGAGUUUAUUAUAGGUUCCUAA